AUGCCGCCGCCGCCGAGCGCAGCCCUCGCGCCGCCCUCGCCCGCGCCCAGCCCAGCGCGGUCACACCACCAGCCGCACGCGUCGCCCGGCCCAAGCCCGACAGCGCCGUCGCGCCCGCGGCUCACGCUCGACACGGAGCAGAGGCGGUGGGACGCGCGCUCCGUCGCGGAAAGCACGAGCACGGGCUCGAAGCGCCUGCCGUCUAUCCCGUCCAUAGCGAGCCUGCCGUCGUUCCCUGGGCUGUCGCCUGUCGGCCGGAAGGGAUGGGCGCUGGGAGCGUACGAUAACAAGCUGGUAUCAUCCACGCUCUCGCAACUGCCUCCCCUGCCGCCGCUGUCGCCGUCCGGCAUGAGCUCGACAGGCUCCAACAUCUCGGCGUUCAGCUCGGCGUCUACGCCUGCGGCGCUCGGCGCGCCGUUCGCCAGCGCGCUCACGCCCCAACGCACACAGUCCGUCAGUGCCGGCGGCGUGAUCGUGCUGCCGGACGGCACGUCGUUGCCUACUGGCGCGGACGGCGGCCGGCCAGAACAGGCCAACCACCCCAACAUGCUGCAGACGAUCCUGCACUCGAGCCCCAACUCGCCUUGGUCGUUAUUGACCGUGCAUGUGCUGCCCGUGUUUGCCGGGAGCCCGCUCAAGACGGCCAUCGAGGAUCUCAACCAGCUGGCCAACGCCCACAUCGUCGCUGCGUCCCAGCGCACCCCGACGUCCCGCCUCAUCACCGUCCUCACGUCCGACCUGCGCGACUUUAUCGCCUCGGGCAUGCUGACCCUCAAGGCCAAGUUUGAGACGCUCGAAGAGGCCAAGGUCGUCUCGCGCGCUGCUGAGGUGUGGAACUUUUUCUGGGGCCAAAUCCUGCCUUACGUCGAGGGCAUCUUCCUCCCCUUCUCGCAGAUCCGCGACGUGCCUGCGUCGUCGACGUCGAGAGCCCUCGCCGCGCCAAUCGUCUCGCAGCCGCCCAUUGGCGUGCGCCACCUCGUGCUCUCUGGAUUCCUGACGCACAUUCUCCUGCCGCUCCUCCAGCGCCUCGUCCACCUCGUUGGCCAGCUGCGGCCUGCGUCCGAGCAGGGGCCGCGCGCUGGUCCGGGCGCGACGGACCUCCCGCGCUUGCUCCAGAUGAGCCUCGUGCUGUCCACACAGGCGAGAUACUCGUCAUUCAUGGGCGUGAGAGAUGCGGCCGAAGCGCAGCAGCGCGACGAGGAGAGCCGAGAAGCGGUCGAGGACCUCGGCCGCGCGGUGCGGUGGAGCAUGGCCGUCGUCAACGGCACCAUCUCGGUCGAGAAGGCAGAAGAAGAGCAAGAGCAAGCAGAAACGCUCACCGAGAGCCCGCUUGCGGAUGACAACGGCCUCACGCCCAGCCCACCAGUCGCUACUCCGGGCGGGCGACCACGGCACGCGCGCGCGCCGUCAGUCGACAGAGUGGUCCAGCGGCCAGGGCUACAGCGCGGGCCCUCCUUCUCGCAAGCAGGAAGGUUGCGGCGCCGCGCGAUCCGCGGGUCAAUAAGCCAGCUCGAGCCGGGCCCGCCCAGCGCUGCCGAGCAGCAAGCACAUCAGCCUCAGCCGCAGCCGCACUGGGGCCGGCCGCGUAUCGAUGAGGACGAAGACGAAGACGCCGACGCAGCAGCAACCGCCGGCGGCGGAGGAGGUAGGCUGCACCACCAGGGGAUGACGUUUGCUAGCGGCAUCUCAGGCGUGACCUCGAUUGCGCCGAGCACGGUCGGCGCGUCGACCAUCCGCGGCGGCGAGAGUUUCACGUUUACCGACCGCACGCCGGCGCAACAUGAUUACCGGCGGACCCGGGUGUACAGGCGAGACUCGAGCGGUGAGAGCGAUCUGACGAGCGCGAUGAGCGCGGCGGGGUUUGACCGCGGUAGUAGGAGAUGA